UACGCCAGGAAGUGUCCGAUCUAUGUGUUGUACUUCUGUGGGGUCAACUAUCUCAGUCAAACUACACUCGUACAACGGCAAGAGUUUUAAUCAAGGGAAAGUAUUACUGAGUGCCCGCUGAAACUGGUCGGUAUCUCAGGAUGGACUCGGAUAUUUUGAACAUUGAGGAUAUAGUGAUGGGGCGAGCAUUACCUGAGCCCCCUCCAGAAGUUCCCCCUGAGAAGCCAGCAGAACCAUACAAACCAGUCACUCUGAAUGGACCUCCUGCACCCUCAGUCCAACCAUACCAGCAUGAAAAUCUGCAGUGUUUCCAGUGCUUCAUCACAUUCUGCAGUGCCAAAGCCAAGGAAAGGCACAUGAAGAAGAGCCAUCGGGAAGAAUAUAAGCAACAGCUCCAACAGGGAAAUACAUUGUUCACAUGCUAUGUGUGUGACCGCACAUUUCUGUCAUCUGAGGAGCUGACGCAGCACCAGCCCACACACAGCAAGGACGACAAGCCCUUCAAAUGCGUUCACUGCAAGGAGAGCUUCAAAACAUUUUCUGAACUCACAUCCCACAGAAGACAAACGUGUCCAGAGAGGCAGAUGGUAUGUAAAGAUUGCAAUGAAACUUUCCGGAGUGCUGGACUUCUGCGUGCUCAUCGCCUGACCCAGCAUCCUCGCCCAGACAUAGAGACUACAGAACAGCCAGAGGACGCCACAAAAAACCAUCGCUGUAAGAAGUGUGGUCAAGGAUUUGAAACCGAACCAGAGCUGAUAGCUCACCAGGAGAAGUACCCCGAAGGUCAGCAGUGCAAUGGCAGCUCUUCAUCCGUCAAGAAACGUGGACGGCCUGCCAAAGGUGAAGACCCAGCUGCUGCUGAGAAAAAGGGAAAGCGGAAAAAGAAGGACGAAGCUGAAGCAUCUGAGGAGGCAGUGAAGGUCAGCAGCGCAUCAGAGUCAGCAGUAACCCCAGCAGAGGAAAAGGGGAAAGCAGGUGUGUCAAAGCGAGGCCGUCCUUCAAAAGCAGCAGCAACAACAAAACCCGAUGUGGAAGAAAAGAAGAGCCCCGAGGAUGACGCUGAAGCUCCGGGAAAAGAGAAGAAACCCAAAGCAGAUCCAGCUCCAGGUCGUCAACACCCGUGUCCCGAUUGUGACUUCACAUUCCCCACCUUGAUUCAGCUCCGUACUCACAAGAAGGAGAGACACACCCCUCGCAAAGCCCAUCCAUGUGAUGAAUGUGAAGAAAGCUUUGCUCGCCCUGAGCAGCUGGACGCCCACAUGUCGAGGGCUCACGCUGUCGGUCGCUUUGCCUGUCCAACCUGUGGGAAAAGCUUUGGCCGUGAGCGCACCUUGAUAGCUCACCAAAAAAGCCACCCGGAAGAGGAACAGCCUGAAAACCCAAGUGCAAAGAGAUAAUUUAGACACGAGGACAUUGCAGAAAAGUGUAUGGUUUUUGAAGAUUUUAGCCAGGAAUUGUCCUUUUUUUAAUAUUAAAGAUUUGAUGAUCCAGAUUGGUUUCAGAUAUGCUUGGAAUAAUUUGAGAAUGAUGUUUUAUCAUAUUUUGUGUUAUUGAGUUUGACCUGAUGAAAUCAUGGACAGACACCUCUUCGAAAUUGACUUUUCAAGUGUUGUUAAAUUUACACCCUUUCUCAUAGAACUUAUUUUAUUUGUAAAAAAAAAGUUUUGACUAACUUUUUAACAUUUUUUUUUUCGUUUUCAGUUUGUUUUUCUUUUUAAAGUGUGAACUGUGCGUGGUGUGAAUUUGUUGCUUGGUGUCUUGAUUUGUUAAACUCACUUUGUGGUAAAAAAAACAUUUUUUUUUUUUCAUUUUUUUUAAUUUCAAAACAGAUUGGCUAAGUACAUAUUAUUAAGCAAAGUAGAUGCCUAGUAAAAUACUAUGUUUGAAUGUUUGUCAAAUGAAUUGUCAUGUACAGCUUUCGAUUCAUAUUGUCCUUUUCUUUUUUUACACAUUUAAUAUUUUGAUCAAGUUCCUUUCUAAAUUAAGUCUCAUUGAGGAGGAAUUUUGUAAAAUAACAUUUACCUUCUGCUAGUAUUUUGUUUUGGUCACAUGCUCCAGAUUUAAUGUGGGGUGUAUAGUUUUGUGGACAGAAACGAUCCCCUUUGAUCCUUAUUUGUCUUGCAGUAAAACAUUGUCCUUUAUUUUUUCACUAAUUAGAAUCAUAGUUCAUGUCUGAAAUGGACCUCAUUGCCUUUUUAAUACAUGUGAGUCCAAUAAGGAACUGUGUAUAUCAUAUGUUAUUCACUGAUUGGAUUAUUUUUUCUCCGCACUGCAAUGUGUCUGAACACUGCAAAAACGGUAAUAAAACAUGCUUUACCAAGGGAGGAUACUGAA